AUGGGCGCUCAUGCAACCGUCUCCCCUCAGCCCCAUGUUCCCCCCGCGGGGGUGUGGUGCCCCGCCGUCACCUUUUUCGACUCCGCGACGGACACGGUCGACCUGGCGGCGCAGUCACAGUACUUCGCCUAUCUGUCUCGAACGGGCCUCGCGGGCUUGGUGAUUCUAGGCACCAACUCGGAGGCCUUUCUGCUCACGCGCGAGGAACGGGCGACGCUCAUCUCGACUGCCCGCGCCGCCGUGGGGCCCGACUUCCCCUUGAUGGCCGGCGUGGGUGCGCACUCGACGAAGCAGACGCUGGAACUCGCCCAGGACGCCGCGGCGGCCGGGGCCAACUAUGUCCUGGUCCUCCCCCCGGCGUAUUUCGGCAAAACAACCACUAUGAAUGUCGUGCAACGGUUCUUCUCCGAAGUCGCGGCGAAAUGCCCGAUCCCGGUGGUCUUGUACAAUUUCCCGGGGGUGUGUAACGGAGUCGAUAUGGAUUCGGAGACCAUCACCGCCAUCACGCGUGACUCGGCCGCAUCGAAUGCGAAUGGUCAGUCGAAUGUCGUGGGCGUCAAGCUUACCUGCGGUUCGGUGGGCAAGAUCACCCGGUUGUCCGCCACCUUCCCGCCCGAGGAGUUCGCGACGUUUGGCGGGCAAUCCGACUUCCUCAUCGGCGGUCUCGCUGCAGGUAGUGCCGGCUGCAUUGCCGCGUUUGCCAACGUGUUUCCCAAGACCACGUCGCGCAUCUAUGCGCUAUACCAGAAGGGCCGGACGGAGGAGGCCAUGAAGCUGCAGGCCAAGGCCGCCUUGGCGGAAAGUCCCAUCAAGAGCGGCAUCGCCUCCACCAAAUAUGCGGUCGCUUGCUAUUCGGCUGCUUUGGCCGGGAUUUCCGGUGCUGAGGAGAAGUUGCGGCCGCGGCAUCCAUAUGAGCCCGCCGGGGAGCUGGCCAAACAGGCCGUUCGGGAGGUGAUGGCGGAAGUGGGAGAACUGGAAAAAAGCAUGUCAUAA